ACUUAAUCAAAUCUUGGACACUCUAAGCAAAAUUUUUUGGCUCCGUCACUGUUCAUACCUAAAUAUUGAAGAAAAAAAAUGUUGAUAAAGAGUGCUUCCUCUUUAAUAGUCCUUCUAUGGCGAGAUUCAAAUUAAUUGAACCCCAAUAAGAGUAUCGAACAUCGAAUGAAAUCCGAAAAUAAAUAAAAUUAAACAAGUACCACUAGUACAAGAAGGAAUCGUUUCAAUUUGCAUGUUACUAAGGACAAGUCAAUUCAUCAAAGGUCCAAAUUUAAUAUUGUGGCAAUGUACUACAACAACAACAACAAAAAAGUUUAGCUACAACUUUUUUUUCUGCUUAUAACUUUGUACAAAGAACAAACAUAACACAUUACCAAAGUUUUCAUAAAAACAAAAUCAAACAAACAUGGCAAUGAACAAUAUGAAUCGAUUUUCUUCGGGAGAAAUUGAACAUGGCGUUGGUGAUGGUGCAAAACGCGAACCAGGCAUUGCCCCUUUCGUAACAAAAACAUAUGAUAUGGUAGAGGAUCCGAAUACAAACUCUGUAAUCUGUUGGAGUUCAUCUGGUUCUAGUUUCGUUAUUUCUGAUCAUAACAGAUUUAGUUUCGAACUUCUACCAAAAUAUUUCAAACAUACUAACAUGUCAAGCUUCGUCUAUCAACUCAAUAACUAUGGAUUCAAGAAGAUUGGACUCCAGAAAUGGGAGUAUGGACAUUAUUGGUUUCAAGCAGGGAAAAAACACUUGAUAUCUAACAUAAAAAGACGAACAAAAAAUCUAAAUGCUCGUAGAGAUUUUAAUCAAGAAAAUUACUUUUACGGAGUAGGGGAAGAGAUGAGAAGCCAGAGAGAUCUCAACAUUACGUUGAAGUCAGAACUCGAGAAGUUGAAAGAGAGACAAGAUGAUAUGAUUAAGGGAAUCGCGUCUUUAAAGGAAUAUCUGGAGAGAUCAGAGGCAGAGUCAAGGAAAUUCCUCUGUUUUUUGGCAAAAGCAGUUAAACAAGUUGUUGCAACUAAACGUGGUACGAAACGUGAUGUAGAAGUUAGAGAUGUAAUUACGAGUAAACGUAGAGCUGAGGAUGUAACGGGGAGUAGUAAGAGCUCGGAGAAGAAUUGAAGAUAGAAGAAUGAAGCUAUAACAUCUAGUAUUUCCAUUCUUGAGAUUCACUUGCUUCUUUGUUUUAUUUUUACUUUUGUUGCUUGAUUUUCCCCGAAUCAUUACAUGGGAUAUGUUAUAGUUGUUGUCUGGUUUCGGAUUUUGUAAAUCGUGAUUUAUGUUUAUUUUGUGUACGUAAUACUGAACUUUUAUUAUCAACUAUAAGUCUAGUUGAUGUUAAAUUUCUUUAGCUUCUUCAUAUGUGUUACUCUUUUAUAUUAUGAAUCUUUUUAAUGAAAAUCAUAAU